UAGUUUCUCUGGUCCCGAUUACGAGCCUCUUCUCUCCUCUGUGAAAUGAUGUAGCUUCAUCUUACGACAGACAGAGAUGAAUUUCGUCUUUUUUUCGCGAUACCCGGUAAAAUAUGCAAUUAAUCGAGAGACUUGUAGCUCAGAACAUGUAAUUGUUCUACGAAAUUAUCACUGUCAGUGACGGUAACAAACGUGAAAGCAAAUCUUGAAGUGUUCAGAGGCUCAUAAUCGACAGUGGCAAUGGCGAAGGGUGUACGUUAAAAUUGCCGUUUAAGAGAACUCAUCCAUUUAUACAUUUGCAUCUCAGGUGUAAACGAAAGUUGAUAAGUCCCUAGCACUUGGACGUCGAUAUAGCCAUCGAUGUCGUAUACAACGAUGUACGACACGGUGUAUACGGUGUUCAUUCUCCUGUCACUUCACUUCAUACUCCUCCGUUCUCCGUUCGUUUUACUUUGUUCCAUCAUCUAUGCGCGGGAUGAUGCGAUGGUUGUCUCCUUUCUCGUCGCGCGCUAUUUUUUAGGCACGUUAUAACGAUGUCCGAGUGUGUACAUGUAGGCGACAUAUGCAUACAUUGAGGAGUUGAACCGUAAUGUUCAAAAUUACGUGAUACGACUUCCUUGAUAUCGACUGUGCGGUUCAACUCGAUCCGCGACGUCAUUCGUAUACUGUGAUCGUGGCAAAAUAGAGAGAAAGAGAGAAAAAGAGAGAGAGAGAGAGAGAGAGAGAGAGAGAGUGAGGAAGAGAGAGAGAGAGAGAGAAAAGAGAGAAAUUCACGCGUGCCCAAUACAAUAUCAUACGCCUACGUUGAUUAUGAUCUCGCCAUUGCUACGCAACAAGUGUUAGGCUUAAUUAACGUGGUAGGUUGGAAAAGGCAGAGACUAAGGACAUGGCGCAGAAAAUGCACUGAGAGUAUUCUCCUUUGCUUUGUGCUUACAGAUUUGAGUGCGUCGCCUCAAUCUCGGAUAAUUUGCGCACAACCGUCAUUGCUCAGCCCAUGAACACGGAAACGCAACAGAGUUCUUAUCAGGCCCCAUAUAUGAUCUCAAUCAGAUAGGUCAGGUCGUUGCUGGACCUGGCGCUAAGUAUCUGACACUGCCUGGCAUAUUAGGAGCUGGUCUACCGAAAAUCACAUCCGAACAGCAAGAUACAGUAAACAGGGCGAAGAAAUAUGCGAUGGAACAAAGCAUCAAAAUGGUCCUCAUGAAGCAAACAUUGGCCCAUCAACAGCAGCAAAUGGCUAGUCAACGGAAUCAGGUGCAGCGACAACAGGCUCUCGCCCUUAUGUGCAGAGUUUACGUCGGCAGCAUAAGUUUCGAAUUAAAAGAAGAUACUAUCAGGCAAGCCUUCUUGCCGUUCGGACCCAUCAAGUCCAUCAAUAUGUCUUGGGAUCCCGUCACGCAGAAGCACAAAGGCUUUGCCUUUGUUGAAUACGAGAUACCCGAAGCAGCACAGCUUGCAUUGGAGCAAAUGAACGGUGUCAUGAUUGGUGGACGCAACAUCAAGGUAGUUGGAAGGCCCUCAAACAUGCCGCAAGCACAGUCUGUGAUCGACGAGAUUACCGAGGAGAGUAAACACUACAAUCGCAUUUAUAUCGCAUCGAUACAUCAAGAUCUAACUGAGGAAGACAUUAAGUCGGUCUUCGAGGCCUUUGGACCUAUUACCUAUUGUAAACUCGCACAGGGCAGUUCUCCGCACCGGCACAAGGGUUACGGUUUCAUCGAGUACGAAACUAUGCAGGCUGCGUUAGAGGCUAUCGCUUCUAUGAAUUUGUUCGAUCUCGGUGGUCAGUACCUGAGAGUGGGCAGAGCAAUUACACCGCCGAACGCUCUGAUGGGACCACCCAGUGGUACAAGUAUGAUGCCUACUGCGGCCGCAGUUGCCGCAGCAGCUGCGACUGCGAAGAUUCAAGCCAUGGAUGCGGUAGCGAGUAAUGCAGUAGCAUUAGGUUUGACGAAAUUGGGAGCUGCUGCACCACCAAUACUGAAUCAAGCUCUGCCAGGCGUGGUACGACCGACCAUUGCACCUGCAACAAUAAUGGCGCCGCCGACAGUAGCAACAGUAGCGCCGGUUAUACCUCCUCCUGGUAUAGCCAUACCGCAAACUUUAACACGACCGCCAGCGAUUAUCCAGCCGAUUCCUGGACAGCCCGUUGUCAUACCGCCUCCUGCAGUCGUCGCUCCUACCAUUGUUGGCACGCCAGUCAUACCAGUUACGACCGCGAGUUCCGAUAUCAUGAGGCGAGCGCAAGAGCAAGCCGCUCAUCAAAAGCAACAAGAGGAAUUGCAGAAAAAGUUGUUGGAAGAAACGGAGCCACAGACGUUGCAACAGCAGGAAAAUAUGUCAAUUAAAGGUCAAAGCGCGCGCCAUCUUGUCAUGCAGAAGCUCAUGCGUAAAGUUGAAUCUCGAGUCGUCAUAUUAAGAAACAUGGUAGCACCGGAAGAUGUGGAUGAGAGCCUGCAAGAAGAAAUUCAGGACGAGUGUUCAAAGUUCGGCGUAGUCGAGCGAGUUAUCAUUUAUAACGAAAGACAGUCUGAGGACGACGAAAAUGCUGAAGUGAUCGUGAAGAUAUUUGUUGAGUUUUCCCAAAUGAGCGAAGCGGAACGUGCAAGAGACUCAUUGAAUGGUCGUUAUUUCGGUGGACGAUUGGUUAAAGGAGAACUGUACGAUCAGGCCUUGUUUGAUAAUAGCGAUUUUUCCGGUUGAUGUGUAGAAUAUCACUCCGAUUUGCAGUGUAUUAUGUUUCUAUCAAUUUUAUAGGCAAGUUGUGUCACUUAAUGUUAACCGGCACAACCAUGUGAGAGAUUUCCCGCUAUUUCACACAAUCACUAUUUAUAACGAAAUCUUACAGUAUAGCGUUGAGCGGAAUAGGCAAAAAUAUCAGACGCGUACGAUAUUCUCAUGGUUCUAAUAAGUUUUAAUAGUAACUGUCGCAAAGAAUGUGUAGUAGACAACCGAAUGAUAAAGCAUUAUUUGAGGGAAGUAAGUUAAAUUGAAUUUGCAACAAUCUUAAAAUAAUGUUUUGUACGUUCAAGUUUCGAUUCUACAAAACAAAAUGAAACUUGUAAUGUUAUUUGUUGUUCUAUAUUGCAAUUAUAUGGUAGAAAAUUACUACUUUCUUAAAGGACAGAUUUUCGUAUAUCUACUUACACAUUAUUCUAGCAAUACCACACAUUGUUAUAACUUUAAUAUUAAUUCUUAACUGGAAUGCCCGAGUUUCGUGUAAUAAUUUAUGUCACGAAUUUAUAAAGCAAUUUAAUUUGUUCAAAAAACGUUUGCUAUAAUAUAAACAGACUAUGUUUAACAAAUAAAAAGAAACCUAAUUUAAUCAAAUAUAAAUAUGUGAAACAA